CUCAAUCCUGUGAUGCAUGUAUGUUAUAAUCCCUAAUCCAAAAUAUGGAACAAAAUAAUGACGGGAGCUUGGCCCAGGUGCGGCAUGUUGUGUUGGUCCUAUCAGGGAAGGGAGGCGUGGGCAAGAGCACCAUCACCACAGAGUUAGCACUGGCUCUCAGACAUGCUGGCAAGAAGGUUGGUAUCCUCGACGUUGACCUAUGUGGGCCAAGUAUACCACGCAUGCUGAGUGUGGGCCACACUGAUGUGCACCAGUGUGACUCAGGUUGGGUGCCAGUCUACACUGAUGCCCAGAAGAGCCUUGCGCUCAUGUCCAUCGGCUUCCUACUGGAGCACCCAGAUGAAGCAGUUGUGUGGAGGGGCCCCAAGAAAACAGCUUUGAUCGGCCAGUUUGUGUCAGACGUGGCAUGGGGGGAGCUGGAUGUGCUGCUGGUGGACACACCGCCAGGGACUUCUGAUGAACAUUUGGCUGUUCUGGAGAACCUCAAAAAACACAGAGUGGAUGGAGCUGUUUUGGUCACCACACCGCAGGCAGUAUCUACAGGGGAUGUGAGGAGAGAGAUCACCUUCUGUAAGAAGACAGGUGUACGAAUCCUGGGCAUUAUAGAGAACAUGAGUGGCUUUGUUUGUCCACACUGCUCUGAAUGCAGCAAUAUAUUCUCUAAGGGUGGUGGUGAAGAAUUGGCCAAACUGACUGGAUCAGUAUUCUUAGGUUCUGUGCCCUUGGAUCCUCAGCUCAGCAGCAGCAUAGAGGAGGGCAAGGACUUCAUACAGUCAUUUCCUGACAGCGCCACCUUCAGUGCUAUCAGCAGCAUUUCACAGACUCUGCUCAACAGUCUCCAAAUGACUUGAGCCACGACAUUAAAUGUCUGGAUUACAUUCACAUUUUAACACAUCGGCUCUGUCACUGUGCAAAUGUAAUGAUUUCUAUGUUGCAUUUUGUGCAGCACAGUUAAACAUAAUACAAAACUGUUGAUUUUCUUUUCUACCUUGUUAUUUAAAAUCACUUUCUGCCGGCAGUAGAACACAGGCGUUGUGUGCAGUUAUCUUUCAUUUGCAGUUAGUUUUUAAGGUGCUAACCACAACGUCGAGAUUAUCAGCUGCCACAGCAGUGAAACAGGAAGAGAUGACUAUUGUACAACAGCAGUUCAACUUUUACUGCAAUUUUAGGGGCAUACUUUUGUAAUAAAUAUGCAAUAAAAGGUCAUGCUGCUUGCACAGUA